AUGAUAAGACGUAUAGUCGCUAGGGUUAGGAAAUAUUACAAGCAAUUAGACCUUGAAAAUGUUCAUUCUGAUAAGAAAAAUGAAUUAUUUUCUGAAAUAUUGGCAAAUGAGAAUUUAAUAGCUGAACAUCCCGUGGAAUCAUGCGAAUUGUUUAGAUAUUUAUAUUUAAACAGUUACAAAAGCACUCCAUUGUUCGAAUUCAUGUCUAAUAAUAGUAUUAGUGAAGAUUUCAUAAUAUAUAAACUACUUAUUGGUUCGAUUUGUAACUAUUUGAAUGGUAAAAAUGGAUUAUUAGAUACCAAACUGUUCGGAAAUAUUCAUUGUAUGAGUACACAUUUCAUUCAAAACCAUUUCGUACCUCGGGAAUUUUUAAAGGCUUUGACUAAAUACUAUAACAAUAACUCUAGUGAUAUUUCUAGUUACUGUUUAGAUCUUGUAAAGAACGAUAAUACUAAGGAAAUAAUUAACUGCUCGGUUGAUUUAUCUCUGUGUGGUUUAGGGAACUCAAUUUUACUGGAAAAAAUCUCAGAUUCAGUAGAUAAUUCCAAAUGGUUUCUAAGUAUUGCCGAAAAAAUACAAUCAGCAUACGUCCUAUCAACUGCUUACACCGCCAAAUCAUAUUUUGGCAACGAUUUUAAUUGGAUAGGUGGUGGAUCUUGUGAUACGAUUGCGUUAAAAUUCCCAAUCAAAACAUUGAUAUCCCUUAACAACCCACAAUUAAUAUCAUCAAAGAAUGCUGUAUCACUAUUACCUAUAUUUGCCCAUCUGGAGUACAAAAGUGGGGGUUUGGAUAUGUUAGGUCAAAUUUUAUUAGAAAGAGUUACCAAUUUGAGUUUAUGGAAUGUAAUAACAACGAUCGAUUCGCUUCACAAAUUGGACUGUAGAUAUAUAGCAUUGCUUACUAAACUGUCAAAGAUCUGCCUGGAUCAAAUAGAAGCAAUACCUGUUGAUUUGCUGGCCAGAAUUACAAUUCAAUUACAUGAUUUAUGUGAACCAGAACAAUUACUGGUGCCUCAAGUUUCACUGAAGAUGGGUAAUCUUAUUGCGAAAAAUACGGGCAAAGAAGUGUUAGAAAAAUUGAAGGAUAUAUUCAGUGCCUGUGGAAUCAAGAAUCUAGCGUUAGACGAUUUUUUAUUAGUUGUAACUCAAUAA